GUGAACCAGCUGGAGGAAACUCGUCAAACACUGAGCGUCUUUUUGUCUAGAAAAUGCCUAUGUUUUGUGUAGUUUACGGCUGUGCCAAUCGUUCAAACCGAGAGAAGGGCAAGCGAUUUUUUAGAGUACCGAAGGUAGUCGUCCACAGAGGUCAGAAAUGGGAAAAUCUCACAGAACGGCGCCGUAAAAUGUGGAUCGCAAACCUCCGUCUGCGGCCGGGCGCAGCGGAGUCUCCAAAUGCUCGUAUCUGCAGUGACCACUUCGUCAAAGGCUGCCCGAGCGCUUUGGAUGACACUGAGUCAGUAGACUGGGCUCCGACCGUUAACCUCGGCCACCAAAAAACGAAGCCCAAAUCAGAGACAGAGGCAUCUCUCCAUCAAGAGCAGAGGAUGAAGUGCAAAGAAGACCAUCAAAGAUGGUUGGAAUGUGCAGAGGCUAUUUUGGAUCUCCAACAGAUACCCGAGAGCCCCGGUAUGAGCUCAGAUCAGACAGCCGACAGCCCCGAAUCAAACCAGCCAGAUGACGACCCACAAUCAAAGGGCCUUAGUGAGAACGGGACAUUAAAUUAUCAAGGCUAUGCAGAUGCUGGAUGCCAGACUAAUCUAAUAAUGGAUGACCUCGAGAAGAUGGAGGAUGUUCUUAGACAAAACACUGUAGAGCUGGGAGAUCUUCGCAGCAAGGCAGUGGACACACAGUUCAGCCAGGAGUCCUUUAAAGAAAAUGAAGAUAAAACUAAGUUCUACACGGGGCUCCCCAACUUCUUAGUUUUAAUGCAGAUUUUUCAGCUGUGCGAGCCCUACAUCACCUGUAGCUCUGUGUCUGUGCUGUCUAAAUUUGAACAGCUCAUUUUAGUUUUGAUGAGGCUGAGACUAAAUCUCCCACUCAAAGAUUUAGCUUUCAGGUUCAAGAUCUCUCUGUCCACUGCUUCUAGAGUUUGGCAUAAAGUUAUUGACAUACUUCAUGAAAGAUUGGAAUCCCAAAUGGAGUGGCCAGAGCGACAUGUACUUCAAGCUACAAUGCCAGUGGCAUUCAGGGAGGCAUUUGGGUCUAGAGUAUCUAUAAUAAUUGACUGUUUUGAAGUUUUUAUUGAGAGGCCCUCUAAUUUACUUGCCCAAGCACAGGCAUGGUCCAACUACAAGCAUCACCAUACAGUCAAAUUUCUGAUUGGUGUAACACCCCAAGGUUAUGUCACUUACAUAUCUUGUGCCUGGGGAGGGAGGGUCAGUGAUAAACAAAUCACAACAGACAGUGGCAUUCUAAGAAACCUGUUACCUGGUGAUAUUGUCCUAGCAGACCGUGGGUUCAAUAUUGGUGAUAGUGUGGGAUUUUACUGUGCAUCACUACAGGUACCUGCGUUCACUAAGGGGAGAAAAGAGCUAACAGCAUAUGAGGUGGCAGACACGAGGAAAAUUGACAAUUUGCGUAUUCAUGUUGAGAGAGUCGUAGGUUUAGUUCGAAGAAAAUAUAAAAUUUUGCAAAGCAGGGCUAUGCCCAUAGAGUACAUGGCAACAAAACCAGGUGAGGCACUAGCAUUGAUUGACAAGGUUGGGGUGAUUUGCUGUGUCUUGUCUAAUCUGUCAGAAUCUCUCGUCCCGUUCAAGUAGAAGAGGGGAGGGGUCAGUAACACAUGUUAGUCUGGAGCACUAAAUGUAAAUAUAAUAAUAUAAUAUAAUUAUAAUAUUAUUAUAAUUAUAAUUAAUAUUCGUAUAUAUUAUAUUAUAAUAUAAUAAUAAAUGUAAAUAAAUGAACACUUAUUGUAUAUUUAAAUAAAUCACCAUGUAUUAGUCUUCUCAAUGGCUUUUAUUAACUGUUACAUAAGGGUGAGUUGAUGUACAGUUGUAGGGAGUAUUAUCUGUCACAUAAGAGUGAGUUGUACAGUUGCAGUACUUCAGUACACUGUAGUACUGUUACACAUCAGUUUAUGCAAAUCCACCGCCCCCGUCGUGGUUUUACAGUGAAUAGACCCAUUUGCGUAUCAUGUAAACACUAAUCCCUGCAGCCACAGCACAGAACUCUGAGAAAAAAAAUACAAACAAAACACACAGUUUUUAUUGGAAAUGCAGCUCCUGCUUGGCUUUAAUAUUCCCCUUUUUGCUGCUACAGGAUAUCAUGGUAUUUCUUUAGGUUCAGUCCUGGUUUAGUCCUGGUUAAUCCUGGUUUAGUCCUGGUUCAGUCCUGGAUUAGUCCUGGUUUAGUCCUGGUUCAGUCCUGGUCAGUCCUGGUUCAGUCCCGGUUUAGUCCUAGUUUAGUCCUGCUUUAGUCCUGGUUCAGUCCUGGUUUAGUCCUGGUUUAGACCUGGUUUAGUCCAGGUUUAGUCCUGGUUGAAUCCUGGUUCAGUCCUGGUUUAGACCUGGUUUAUUCCUCAUUACCUCCGCCAAGGAGGUUAUGUUUUUGCCGGCGUUUGUCUGUUUGUUUGUUUGUUUGUUUGUUUGUCUGUUAGCAACAUAACUCAAAAAGUUAUGGACCGAUUUUGAUGAAAUUUUCAGGAUUUGUUGGAAAUGUGAAAAGGAAGAACUGAUUUCAUUUUGGGGGUGAUCCGGAAGAAAUCCUGGAUUCUGGAUCACUUUGAAAUUUUAGUUAACAUUGUGGUAAAUGGGGCCAAAAAUUUUGUUUCUCAAUAUCUCGGUUAAUUAUUGACCAAACCCCAUGAAAUUUGACUCAGGGAUGGACAAUGGGAUCCUCUUUCAUAUUCCAAAGGCUGAUCCGGAUCUGAUCCAGAAGACUGAUUUUAUCGCAAUUUAUAUAAAAAAUGGGCUAGUCCU